AUGACGCGCCGCGAGGACUUCGGGUCUGACGGGGCGCUGCCUGAGCUGAGGGCCGCUGAUUGGCGCAUGAGGUACUUGCAGCGGGAAGGCUUCGGCAUAGAAGGCCGCGACUCGCCAGGACCACCUCGGCCUAUGAACCCCACUAGCAUCGAAGUGAAGUUCAGGAGGCUCCAGACUAUCAGGCCUGCGCGCUGGGGCGAAGUAGGGGGCGCCGAAGGCAAGGGCGUCGGUGGCAAGAUGAGUCUGGAGGGGCAGGCCGCGUUCUCGGGGGCGUCGAGGUCGGCUGCGGCAGCGGUGGUGUCGCCAGGCCCGAUCGAGCACGUGCGCAGAGAUGUCGCGAUGGAGGCCAAGUCGCACAAGAGGAUGCGCCUGGCCCGCGAGGAGCGGCCAGAAGCGAUGGUGCAGCUUCGCGUGGUCGGGGGCGCCUGCGCUGUCGAGCAGCCGCCCCUCGGGUGCUACAGCCCCGCGCUCUUCCCUUUGCCCGGCGCCGGUUCCGCGCCCGCGCCGCUGGCCGACGCUGCCGCCCGACUUCGGCGCGGCUCAGCGCCUGCGCCCUACUCCGACCCUCUGCUGCGAGAUCAGCGGUGCUGGUCCAGUUUUGUUCAGCCCCUGCAUGGGCGGCGCCUGGCCGAUUUCCAUUUGGGCGACGGCGCGAGGGCCGAAAUUUUUUUCGUCGGGAAGAAAGAUGGCCGAUUCCGCAUGGUCGCGGACUGCCGCCGAUCCAACGGGCCUCUCGGAGUGCGCUUGGCAACUGGCGAUGCCUUCGGCGCGCUGGAUAUGGCCGACGAUGGCGCCCUGCUCACCGUGGAGGGCGCCGACCUGAAGGGCGCCUUCUACCAGUCGGAGCUGCCGGAGCAGCUGCGCUCCGUCUUCGCCCUCAGGCCUGCCCAUGCAGGCGCCCUGGGCGUUGCCAGCCAGGGCGGCGCCAGCGCGAUGGCCUCCGCCAGGCUCUGCCCGCGCCGGGCGCGGGCUGGUGGCUGCGAUGAUGCAGCGCGCCUUCGCGAUGGGCGCCCCGCGCCGCCGCUGGGCCCUGCCGGCCACCUGGCGCGCGUCGGCAACUUCGUCAGCAUCGGCUACGACGCGACGGCGGUGCGCAGCGUUGUCGCCCGCGCGAUGGCAGAGCUCGAGCGUCGGGGCCAGGCCGCGACCCACGAGGGGCACCUCGGUGACAACGAGGGCGAGUAUUCUUUUCUCGGCUGGCCCACCUCCUCAGCAGGCCGCCUGUCUGCGGCCGCCUCGAGGUUGCGGCGGGCGCGGCUAGCUGUCCGUGGGUUGCUGCGGCGCGGCCGCGCCAGUGGUCGUGGCGUCGAGCGCGCGCUGGGGCGCGUCGUCUCCGUGGCCCUCGCGCGCCGCGAGGGCAUCGGCAUCUUUGAGUCGUGCUUCCGCAUUGCCCGGAAGUGCUGCCGCCUGGAGGCGCCGCUCUGGUCUCAGGUUGGCGGGAGUUCUUGGCUGGGGAUGGCGCCCCCCCUUUGCUGCGGCGUGACCUCCGCGCUCGGCGCCCCCCUUCCGUCGGCUGCGCGGACGCCCCCCCUUGGGGGUUGGGCGCCCGCGAAGCUGACUGGGAAGUGGCCGCUGUUCGAGAGGUCGGUCGUCAUGGUGAGAGGUGGCGCUGCGGCAGGGCUGAGCGCCCGCCUCCUCGUCGCCGAGCCCACGCCGCUGAAUCCGCUGCCGAAGGCCCCGCAGCGCGCGGCCUGGGGGUCGGAGCGGCGUGCGUCGGCACUAUUCGACGCCCGGAUCAGCCAGCGCCGUCGCUCCGCGGCCGAGCCGACGCAGCCGGGCCAGGCCGCGCGCGACCACCUCGGCCACCUCUUCGGCCGGGGCUACUGCCAGACGCGCGCCAACCCGAUGAUAGCGGCCGUGGCGUGGCGGGGCCCGCGCUUUGCCGAGGCGGCGACUUGCCCUUGGCCAAGCGGGUGGCGAAAGAGUGGCGAAACCUCGCUCUUCGAGAUCUACGGCCGCCCCGGAGAGAUCCGCGGACUUCGACUACAAGACGUCGCGCCGCCAGCGGCCGCUCCGUCGGGCGGCCGCCGGUACCUCUCGGCGACGCCGCGCGAGCAGGGGGCCAGCGACGUUUCCAGGACAGGCGAGUUCGACGCCGCGGUGCGCCUGGACCUCGAGCGGCAGGCGGGACUGUCUCAGGGCUUGCUGGCGACUGCGGCGGCGCGCCGCCGCGGGGGGGCCCCUGCCGCGGCGCCGCUCUCGGCCGUGAGCCAGCGCGAGUUGGCGGGCGCCUGGCGCGAUGUGCUGUGCGCGUUGGGACUGGCCGAGCCUGCGGCCUGCAACGUCAACCAGCUGCGCCGCUCGGGGCCAAACCGCGACAGCGCAGCGGCGGUGCGCCACCUCGAGCAGAUCCGCCGCCGGGGCCGCUGGAAGUCGUGGAGUUCCGGGUGCAGGUGCGAGAAAGGCGCUGCCGCGUGUUGCGUCGGGGAGACCCGGCGCCGUUGCGUCGGGGAGUUCUGCUGCCUCUGCGGCGAUUCCCUGACGCCCGACAUGCUGCGGCGCCUCAAGACGGUCGAGGGCGAGGGUGUUACGCGUGAGAAGCUGGCUGCUAGCGGGUACUUUGAUGCGCUCGACGCAAAGUUCGCGCCAGCCCCCAGAGACACCCUUCGCCGAUUGUCGCUCUCGGCCGCCUCGACGGUCGAGGGCUCCCCGCGUCCCCACCGGCCGCUCCUGAUCGGCGGCCCGCGCGACUGGCGGGAGUCGCCGAGAUGUCUGGCUGGGGCGGCUAUGGCGCUGGCGGCGACAAGGGCACCCUGGUUGAGCAGGUCAAGGAGUGGCAGCGCCAGAGUCCCGGACACAAGAAAGCGUGGGACAACUACUGUCAUGAGAACGGGCACCCGAAGUUCGAUCCUAACUUGAAGGACGCGUCAUUCCUCCAGGGCUUCCUGGACGCCGCCAACGCAGGUCAAAUCGCGCCGACAGAGGGCACCAUGCCCAUGAUGGCAUCGGGAGGUGUCGCCACGACGUUGGUCGAGCAGGUCAAGAGCAUCCAACGCCAGGGAUACGGCUUCAAGCAGGCUUGGUACAAGUUCCUCAAGCAGAACAACUCGCAGGAUUUCGAUCCCGCGAGGCACGACGAGUCGACCUUGCAGACGUUUAUUAGCGGAGUGGCGUCUGGUGCUAUCCAACCUUGCGAGGACGAGGAUUAUAGCGGCGGCGGCGGCUGGAGCGGAGGCGGCGGCAGCAGCUGGGGUGGCGGCGGCAGCGACUGGUGGAACAUGGACCCUUGGCAGAUGAUGGAGAUGAUGAAGGGCAUGAUGGCCACCAAGGGAGGUGGUGGUCGCGGCGGCAAAGGGGGCGGCGGCAAGAAAGGCGGAGGCUCCAAGGCGGCGGCGGGCGUUGCCUCGGGGGUCAUGGCGAUCCGCAGACGCUUCGUCAACGAUCGGACUUCUCCAGUCCGCGCAGUUUUCCUCGAUUUGGGUCUCUGGGGCCCAUUUUCCCUGGGGCAAUCAAAAGUGGGUCUGAGGCGAAACAUUGGCCCCGGGGAGUUGGUGGGGACUUCCCUGGGGCCGCGGAUGUCUUGGCUGGGGCGGCGGGCCUUGCCUGUGCCUGCACCACCAGUAUGCCUACGGCAGGUUCGCGUUAUGUCGACGCGGCGGUGACCCCGCCGCGGGCGUUCGAGGUUGAACGCCGCCGUUGGCCCAGAAUCGGCC